GAGCGCUAGUGCCCGCCAUGCCCGGCUCCCUGGGCCGGCCCGACGGCGGGGACCGGAGCUCGGGCCCCCCGCGAUCGCCGCCGCCGCCCGCGCCCCCGUGCGCGCCCGACAGCGCCCCGGAGGCCGCGCCCGACGACGACGCGGCCGCCGCGCUGCGCCUGGCGCUCGACCAGCUCUCGGCGCUGGGGCUGGGGGGCGCGGGGGACCCCGACGACGACGACGACGACGCCGAGGCGGCGGCGGCGGUGGCGGCGGCGGGCGGCGGCGUGGCGGGGGCGGAGGUCGGCGCGGCGGCCGCGCCCCCCGACGGGCCCGAGGCGGGGGCGCCCCUGAGCGCCGUGGCCGUGGCGGUGACCCCCGGGCCGCUGCCGCUGCUCGAGCCUGACCUGAGCCCCCCGCCGCCGCCGCCGCCGCCGCCCGCGCCCCGGCCGUCGCCCCCCGACGUGUUCGCGGGCUUCGCGCCCCACCCCGGCGCCCUGGGGGCCCCCGCGCUGCUGGCCGAGCCCAUGAGCGUGAUCGGCAGCCGCAAGAAGAGCGUGAACAUGACCGAGUGCGUGCCGGUGCCCAGCUCCGAGCACGUCGCCGAGAUCGUGGGGCGCCAGGGGUGCAAGAUAAAAGCCCUGCGCGCCAAGACCAACACGUACAUCAAGACGCCGGUGCGCGGCGAGGAGCCGGUGUUCAUUGUGACCGGCCGGAAGGAGGACGUGGAGAUGGCCAAGCGCGAGAUCCUGUCGGCGGCCGAGCACUUCUCCGUGAUCCGCGCCACGCGCAGCAAGGCCGGCGGGCUGCCCGGCGCGGCGCAGGGGCCCCCGAACCUGCCGGGCCAGACCACCAUCCAGGUGCGCGUGCCCUACCGCGUGGUGGGGCUGGUGGUGGGGCCCAAGGGCGCCACCAUCAAGCGCAUCCAGCAGCGGACGCACACGUACAUCGUGACGCCGGGCCGCGACAAGGAGCCCGUUUUCGCCGUCACCGGGAUGCCCGAGAACGUGGACCGCGCGCGCGAGGAGAUCGAGGCGCACAUCACGCUGCGCACCGGCGCCUUCCCGGACGCGGGCCCCGACAGUGACUUCCACGCCAACGGCACCGACGUCUGCCUGGACAUCCUGGGCGCCGCGGCCGCCGGGCUCUGGGCCAAGGCCCCCAACCCGGGCCGGCGACCCCCGGCGCCCACCAGCGGCCUCCGAGGGGACGGGGCCCUGGGCGCCCCGGGGGGGCCCGAGGCCUUCUACGCGGGCGGCCGCGCCGGGGUCCCGGUGCCCGACCCGGCCCCCCCCAGCCCCUACAGCGGCUCGGGCAACGGGGGCUUCACCUUCGGCGGGGACGGCCCGGGGGCCCCCACGGGGCCGCCCCCCGCCGAGGACUGUGACUUCGGCUUCGACUUCCUGGCGCUGGACCUCACGGUGCCCGCCGCCACCACCAUCUGGGCCCCCUUCGAGCGCACGGCGCCCCUGCCCGCCUUCAGCGGCUGCUCGACGGUCAACGGGGCCCCCCCGACGGCGCCGGCCGUCCCGGGCGCGCGGCGGAGCAGCGGGGGCGCCACCCCGCGCCACUCGCCCACGCUGCCCGAGCCCGGCCCGCUGGCCCUGGAGCUGCCCCUGGCGCGGCGUGGCGCCCCGGAUCCGGUGGGCGCCCUGCCCUGGCGGCCCGCCCAGGCCUCGCUGACCACCUUCCCCGGCGGCGGCGGCGGCGGAGGCACCGGCUUCUCCGCAGCAUCCACCACGUUGCCUAGCAACUCCGGGGCCGGCUCGUGCGCGGCGCCCCUGGACUCCAUCACCGCCGCCGAGAGUGGCCGCAAGGCCCCGGGGGGUGGCGGCGGGGCCCGGGGCGGCGGUGGCUUCGUCCACGACUGCGUGGUGUGCGCCGAGGGCGAGGUGAUGGCCGCGCUGGUCCCCUGCGGCCACAACCUCUUCUGCAUGGACUGUGCGGUCCGCAUCUGCGGCAAGAGCGAGCCACAGUGUCCGGCCUGCCGCACGCCGGCCACCCAGGCCAUCCAUAUCUUUUCCUAG